UGAACCACAUGAUACUACAAAGAAAGUUGCGCAUAGAAAGUUUCUCCGUAGGAAGCGAGCCCCUUCCAGCAGGGACUUUCCUUCGCAGAUCCUUCUCCAGUACCUAGAACUGUGCGGAUCUCACACGCGGCAGAUCUGUAGGAUGAAUGACACAGCCUUCCUUUGCUGGAGGGAGAUUCGUGACUAGUUCCCCGUUGUGUUCACCGCGAUUGUUGGCUCGGUAAACAGCCUACUUGCGACAGCCUCCGCUCCCGAAUCCUCGCCGCCUCCCAGGCCCUGUCACUGCUUUGCAUCAUAGGAGGUCACGGUUGGUCGCAGUCCGCCUUGGGUGCCCAGGCACCGGUCCCCGUCCGAGCACACCUCAGGGCGUGUCUCGGGGCCAGGGAACACCUCGGCGGGAGUGUCAGGGGCGUGGAGGUGCUGAAGAACACUGAUGGCAAACUUUAAGGGCCAUGCUCUCCCAGGGAGCUUCUUCCUGAUAGUUGGGCUGUGGUGGUCAGUGAAAUACCCACUGAUGUACUUCCACCAGAAGGGGAAAAGCAGCCGACUGGCUCAUUACCAUCAGCGUCUCGAGAUCAUUGAAGCUGCAAUCAGAACCUUGUUUUCAGUCAUUGGGAUCCUGGCAGAGCAGUUUGUGCCGGACGGGCCACAUCUCCACCUGUACCAUGAAAGCGAGUGGGUCAAGUUGAUGAACUGGCAGCACAGCACCAUGUAUUUAUUCUUCGCGGUCUCGGGAAUCACGGAUAUGCUCACCUAUCUCGUCAGCCACGUUCCCCUGGGGCUGGACAGACUGGUUAUGGCUGUGGCGACAUUCACCGAAGGUUUCCUUUUCUACUACCACGUGCAUAACCGACCUCCCCUGGACCAGCACAUCCACUCGCUCCUGCUGUGCGCGGUGUUUGGAGGGGCCUUCAGUAUCUUCGUGGAGGUGAUCCUCCGGGACAAUAUCGUGCUGCAACUUUUCCGAACCAGCCUCGUUAUUCUUCAGGGCACCUGGUUUUGGCAGAUCGGGUUUGUGCUCUUCCCACCUUUCGGAGGACCCGAAUGGGACCAGAAAGAUCACGCAAACAUCAUGUUCGUCACCAUGUGCUUCUGCUGGCACUACCUAGCUGCCCUCUGCAUUGUGGCCAUCAGCUACUCGCUCGUUUUCUGCCAUCUGACGCGGUCAAAGAGGCACGGAGGAGAAGCCAUUGGCAUUCAGAAGCUAAAGUCAGAUCACACUUACCAGACGGCCCUCUUGAGUGGCUCAGAUGAGGAAUGAGAGGCCACCCGUCAUCAAUGCGGGGUGGACAUGCCCCUUUGAGUACAAAUAGCCGGAGUGUGCAGGGUAGCUCAUCUCGAUUUCAACGCUUGCUUUGGUCUGGUCUUAAGGUUCUAUAUAUUUGCACCUUCUCAUUUAACUGACUGAAGUCUCUGUUGCUAUGGUAUCCUUCAUAAAGAACAAUGAAGCCAGCCUUUAUUUGUGUCCCGGUAUGAAAAGAAAAAUCAAAGACUCUGAAAGUUUCAGAACAGGAUGUGGCCUCACGGAUGAAUCCAGGAUAUGAAUCCAGCAGAAAAUACUGCUUUUGAUAACUUAUUCCUUUUUCUCUGAAGAAAACAGGUACUUUCUUAGCAGAAAUUAAGCAAAUGAGACUGCCUUUAUUUUAAAGAUACAAUUCUAGCACAUAUUUUUUAAGUAAAAUAAUUCACAAGUUUUGGUACUUUAAAUAUUACUUGUUAGCCAUUUCCUAAUUAACCGUUAACAUUCCACAGUACUGCAAUACUACUGAUAAGUGAUGAUACUGGGCCAAAGGUGACUUUUUUCUUUUUUUUAAAUCAGGAAGCUAGUUAGUUAGUGGCCCAGCUGAGAGCUGGAACGCAGAUGAUCUGGGUGCUCAAAAGUACCCUCAUAAGAUACUAAGAGAAGUCUGUAUAAUGAGGUAGAGAGAAAAACGGCAGGUUAUUGAAGACCUUCAAUUUAAAUGUAGCUGAAAGCAAAGGGUAAGAGUCCUGCAAAGGAUGCGGGUCUUGAACAAGUAAUAUAAAGUCUUGACACUGUAA